UAGCAGGAAAAUGUUUUAUUUUACAAAUCAAACUUCUUUUAAAAAAAAGGGGGGGGGGAGUCAAAAAUGGGAAAUAAUUCAUUCGUCUCUAAUUCAUUUGUGAAUUAGAAUUUUUUCAAAAUCUUUUUCAGCGGAAUCCCACAUCCGUUACGCAACGGCCGUGCUUGGGGGAAUCCUUUUUCCAAUCACUUUUUCUUCAAUACAUUCUUCAACACAUUCGAAUACAAAAAAUUCGGGUUGGUACGUUCAAGUUUAUUUGACAAUUCCCCAACCGUGCUCUUCGAUUCUUAAAGAAAAUGAGGCGGAAUUAAAUGUACUCUUUUAAGAGACUUGGUUGCCAGAUAGUUGAAUCGACAUGAGAUGAUCUGACAUGGUGAAAUUGACGAGAAAUCAUCAAAGCGUUGAAGCUGGAGCGCUUGAUUAUCUUCAAUAAUUUUUUCGUUUUCGGCGAUGAGACGCUGAUCGGCUUUGAGGUGUAAUUGGGUGAUGCCAUUUAGAUCUUUGCGGGUGAAAAUUGGGAUAUGGAAGACAUUGACGUUCUAUACGAAGUGCAGAAAACGAGCGUCAUGCUCCGUGUAUUCCGUGCAAUACCGUCCGUAUCAAGGGUAAUCCUCUGCAAGGAUAUAGUUAAAGAUGUUGGGGGCGUCCACUUUUGGGUGUUGACAAGGUGAAAAGUUGAGUGAAGUAGUUCCGAUGGUUUGGUUGGAACUAGAGAACCCUCUAGUUCGAGGGGGCGCUUGAAGAACGGCUCCGCGGCGUCUUGGAAAUUUAUUAAAUGAAAACACUUCGCAACUUUUCUGUUGUAGCUGUGUAAAAUCUUGGAAUUUUGGAGUAGGAAUAACACGUAUAUCUGGGAAACUGGGGAAGUUCACUGGAUGAGGCAUGUUGUAAGACUGAGCGUAAAGCGGGGAAUACGGAAGAUUUAGUUGCAUAUAAAGUGUGAUAAAUUCUUUUGCUUUUUAUUAUUGGGGAGGAAUGAGAGCUAGCGAUGACAAUCGAUAGAAAGUCCAUACAACUGGUCGAACAAUGUUGGAUCAUCAAGUUACUGUCCACUUAUGCGAUAACCAGUUUGGCAUUAAGUUCAACCGGAUUGAAAUUAUUUAAAUCGUUAUGCGUAUAACGCUUCCGAAAUGUUUCAGACGGCAGCAACGAGAACUUGAAUUAAUUUAAAGGGUUAUCGUCAUUCAAUGAUGUAAAGAUCAACAUCAAAACAACGUCGUCAUUUGAAUGCAAAUUAAUGUUCCAGUUUGAACGAAACUUGACAGUUAUUUUCAUUUGCCAAGUUAUCGUCGAGAACUGUUUGAUUUCCACAGAUUGCCAUAGGCUGAACGCCGUCUACUAAUCAAUUUUGAGAUUAGAACGGAGCUGGGACUGUGCGUGUAACUGGGAACGAACCUACGACCGAAAGGCGCGUAAUACAACUUUAAUCGUCAAUUCGACGCCUUGCCGAUCUGGCUGAACUGGUGUUAUGUCAUAACGAUUUUCACUUGGUGUAGACAUGCGAGAAAGGCGGAAAAGUUUGAAAAAAGAAACUAAACUUGCUGUGAACAAACAACAAUUAUGCCGGUCUACGUGAGCGGAUUACUUUUCUUUUCCUGGGCACUUCCGGGCGACAAAGGAAAAUAAUUCCAUCAUUUUUUCCGGUCCUUCCUCAUGGCUAUAUACCAAGACGUGGGUAUUAGUUUUACAAGUAGAAAAAAAAAGUACAGUAGAAUUAAGAAGUAAGUUAGAAUUACAUGGUUUCUUCGUGUCCCUGGUACUCACAUGUGUGAGUUCCCAGUUAGAGAUUAACCACAAUCGUUUCAUUUGUAUUUUAAAAUUUCAAGAUUUGGCGCGUAUAAGUGUCAAUCUUCAAUUAGUGACGUCAUGCAAGAGCAGACGUGAAAUUCGGACGUUUGGCUUUUGUUUCAAUCUUUCAAAAGGGCUGGUCAUGAAAUUUGCAUUUCUCUAGAAUCAGAGCUGGCACGUCUAAAGAAUAUAUUAUGUAGGCUAAAUUAAGAGCACACUUCAGAAAAGUAAUAAAGAAAAUGAUUUUGCUGUCCACCUGUUAUUACCCAUAUGACACUGACGACCUUCAAAAACAAUUGGUCAUGCAGGACGAACGUUAUCGGCCAUUUAACCAUUUUCAUCAAUCUAGAAUGUGUCCUUAAUCUUAUUGUGAUUUUCAAUCUAUCCAGUCCAUCGUCAAAUGGAGGACAAAGCACAGGUUGAUGUUAUUCAUGAGGACUGAAUAUCAGAAUUUGAUGGAGCUGGAAACAAUGGAUUGGUUGGAGAAGACAGAUGUCCUUGUGGAGAAGAUGACAGAUAUUGGCUAUCAUAGACGUGCUGGACGAAGGACUUUUACACCAGACGAACCCCCCGCCUACGGCUGCAUCAAAUAGGCCUAAUCCGAUCUGGUAACAGCCGGAAUACGGAUUUUACGUAUUUUCAUUGGACAAGGUAAAAUGCCCUUUGGUUCCUCUAGAAAGAAUUCCCCCAUUUAUUAUAUCUACCUGAAAACAGAUAAUUUAACAUUUGAUAUUUGAUAUCUUUCCAUAUUGUCGUCGUGAUCCGUAAAUGCCAUCGCCAUGCAACUGCCACGAAAUGUUUAAAAUCAUUUAUGGUUACGUCUAGUUACAGCCAAUAACUCAAGAUGGCUGCAAAAGGGUUUAUCGUUUGAAUUCCUAAAAAACCUACCAAACAUCAAAACGUUAAAUUGCCAAUUUUAAGUAAAGUAGCCAGACGUUUGUAAAGAAAAAUUGGCGGCGCAGUUAAUUAACGCCCUAGAUAUACUACUACUUUUCAUGCCGACGUUUUGGCAAUCAAAAAGCCGCAGUCGUAUACAAAUCAGCUCGACUGAAGAGUCAUGAAAAGCCAAUCGCAAAUCCUUUGAUGUUGUUCUGCAUAUUUGACUGAAGCAAACCCUUGGGUCGAUCAAACUUUGAGUCGUCAAACAUUAUGCUUAUUGCUUUUCGUGGGAAAUGUAUAAAGAGGAUAAAUUACCAACGAGAUCACUUUGAUAAUGGAAUUCCCUUGAUGGGAAAGCAAAGGGUAGGAACCUGCAACUUGGAUCAUUGCUGGAAAUCUUUGUCAUAGGCUGCGGCUGCGCACCAAUUGUAUUGUGCGUAUACUUGUCCAUGUUUUUCUCAUCCAGCAAUAACAGUUUGUGUUUGCCCAUCGUCACUUUUAGAUGCUCCUGGAUCCAUGGCGAAUCAACAAGUCACCCAGGAGGAAUGGGCCAUCAUCAACGCAACCGCCAGUGUCAGCCAAGAAAUCCAGGACGAAGUGGUUCCGAUCGUCUUACCCCUGGAACUGCUCAUCAUCAGGAGCAUUGCCGUCAUAUUCGGCAUCCCCAUUCAAUUGCUGGUGGCCUUUGUCAUUUUAAGAUCUCGGCAACUUUACAACCCACGCAACGCCUUUUGGCUGGGCAACAUCACCUGUCAUUUCGCCAUUCUCCUCAUGGGCAUCUACGAGUACUGGACCGUCAUUUUCAUCCCCACCAUCAGCCGCACUGAAAUCUUUUGCCAGAUUUACACUCUGUUCGUGGGAUCACCUUACACCAGUUUAUUGGUGAGUUUGUUAUUAGCCACUGCCGACCGCUGGUUCGCCAUCAGCAAUCCAAUCAAACAUCGCAAAUACGUGACAGUGGCCGGAGUGGCCGGAUGUCUCAUCACUUCGUGGCUCCUGGUUUUCUUCAUUUUAACGAGUCCUUACUGGACUGGAAGUAUCCCGUUCCCCGAAUGUGCAGCCAUCAAUUCGUCUUUCUUGAAAUGGGUGGCGUUUUUCCAUUUUGUCAUAGUCGGACUCAUCAUCGUCGCCCAAACGGCCGUUUACGUCAAAACCCGCCACUAUUUACGUUUCCGAGCUCAUCACGCAGCGACGGGAGUUCAUCAGCAGCCGGUCGACGUGUUAUCCUCGGCAUCCAAUUCGUCGACACUCAAACCGGACAAGUACUUUGUCCAUCUGCCCAAUAAAACCAUUUGCCGACUGGAAUUGGAGGCCUCUGUCACUCUGUUUUGCGGAGUGGCUUCAUUGUGCGUCUGCACUCUACCGAUGGGAUUGGUUUGCAUCUCGAUGGUCUUCUGCAAGUUGAAUCCAUUUCAAUGCACCCACGACGAUGUGGUGGCCGUCUACCCGUACGCCAGAGAAAUGCGCCUGUUGCAUUCCGUCAUCAGUCCGCUGCUGUACAUUCUGAGAAGUCGGGAAUUUGCCAAGGCUUUGAAACGGACCUUUCCGUCGUUGCGAUCUUUUAUUCAACAGGAUCAUGUUGCCGUCAGUCCGCCCCUUUGAGCUCAGAUAUUUAUGCGCGAAUUCUUUCACGAAAUGAGCACACGAUGAUACAAUUCAGCGUCUUGCGUAUGUAUUACUAAUUGAAAUUCUAGUCAGAGAUGCCGACGUUAUCCAACAUUCAAUUGUUGUUGGUUGAUUGAUAUACCGUCGAAACAUGUCGACUACAUGACUGUUGCGCCAAAUACAUUUUAUAAGCCAUGUUUCAGAGUAACUGAUUGUUAAUAGAAUAAUACAAUUAAGUUAUUUUUUGUUGCAAGUAUAAAUAAAUGUUACGACUUUUCUUUCCCUCAA